AGGCGCUGUCGUCCCUCCCUUUAGAUGCUAGCGCUGUUAGCUUAGCAGUUAGCCUGACACGGCGUAUGGUCACGAGCUGGUGCGUAACGUCCGCCCGUAAAACCACAGUCGCCAUUUCGUUCUCCGAGGGUUGAGACGCAGAUUGCAGCAGAAAAAGUAACGUGGCAACUGAACAAUGGUGAAAAUAUUCAUUGGGAAUUUGUCACCAGAAACUACAUCUGAUGAACUUCGCUCCCUCUUCUCCCAGUAUGGCAAAAUUUCAGAAUGCACUGUUGUCAAGAACUUUGCCUUUGUGCACAUGGAUAGUAAAGCGGAGGCAGAGGAAGCCAUUCGCAAUCUCCAUGAUUAUGAGUUGAAUGGCCAACCCAUGAACGUAGAAUUGAGCCGCGGAAAGUCAAGAGGAUCCACUAAACUACAUGUUGGCAACAUUGCUUGUACCAACCAGGAGCUGAGAGCUAAGUUUGAAGAGUAUGGCGCCGUAUUAGAGUGUGACAUAGUUAAAAACUAUGCGUUUGUUCACAUGGAGCGAAUGGAGGAUGCCAUGGAGGCCAUUAAUCAGUUAGACAACACGGCCUUUAAAGGCAAACUGAUGAGCGUGAAGCUUUCGACUAGCCGCCUCCGUACUGCGCCGGGAAUGGGGGACAGAUCGGGGUGUUAUCGUUGCGGGCAGGAAGGCCACUGGUCCAAAGAAUGUCCUCUAGACCAAAAUGGCUUCCAAAGAAACGGUUCAGAGCCUAAGUCUGAUGGAUAUGAUCCCUCGGGAUUCGCCGGGCGUGGUCGCAACCGGGGUUAUCAUCCGGACUUCACUGGCGAACCAGAAUUCGGUGGCGGAUACCCCGCUGUUCAUGGUUUUGCCCGGGGGGCUGGCAGCGGCAUGGCAGGGUACCGAAGGGGUGUAGGCUACGAGGGUGCUAUGAGGUACGGGCCACACCCAGGUUAUGGCAUAGGUGCUGUUCCUGAUCAUAGCAUGGCUCGGAUGUACGGCAGUGAGGCGGCAUACCGGAACAACGGCUCGCUCUAUGGCGCGGUACCAGCCUACCCGAUGCGCCGGUCGCCGUAUGACGAAAGGGAUCCGUACGGGGUCGUGGACUACUACGAGAAGUACAGGGCCAGUUCGUAUGGAGGCAGUUAUUUUGAGGAGCGUCGCGCUGUCCCCUUGCCUACUCCAGCAACACCUUCUACUACACCUGUAAUGAGGGAACGGGCGCCCCCCUCUAGCAUCGACCCAUAUCAAUGUCCUCCCCUCCCUCCUCCACCUGCCCCAGUCUCUACAUACUUCGCUCGUGACCGGAGUCCGAUUCGGAGAACCCCUACCGAGACAAAUGGAUUCAAUUAUGAGCGUUCGCGCCUGUCCCCAGUGCCGGCCGUCCCAAGAAGUACAACCUUUGAGCAUCCGCGGGAUCCCAGCGCCGAUCGGACACAAUUUACAUACUAAUCUUUGUUCCAUGCAGUCACAGCUCUAGCUGACAUUUAGCAGAUAGAUUAGCCGAAGUGCCAUUGCAGUCACUAAAAAAUACCAGUAAAUAACAUCGACAGUAUCAGAGACGAAAGUCAGCCCUCUGUGUUUGUGAUGUGUGUGUGUGUGUGUGAGUAGUAAGAAUAAGGUUAUACAAAAACUCGCCACAUUGAAUGGUGAACAGGUCGAUUCCAAUGUGAAUGUCUGCGAGCAUUCAUACUAUUAUUUCAUUCCAACUCAUACUGCUAAACGCAGUACAACUGCACAAUUACAGCUCAGUUGACCACCAUUCAUUGUCCUAUUUACAUGUCGUGUGAUUGACACUGAUUUGCUUAUGCUUAGCGUUAGGGUGGAAUUGCAGAUCUGAAUUUAUCUACAGUUGACAUCUGUUCAUGAUACUAUAAAAAAUGAAUUUGUUUCCCUCUUGAGGUAGCUAUAUGUUCAUAUACUAUAUAGAAUCAGUUUAUAGACACUGCAUGUUUAAGGUGAAUUGAUUUUGUUUUGGGGUUUUUUCACCAGUAUCUAAUGUAUUCCUAUAUAAAUUUUAGUGUUUUGUGUUCUUGUCACCACAUACUGUUUGUGAAGCGAUAACAAAUUUGAAUACUGUUUCUCCACCACCUACAAUGUUUAAAUGAUGACUUGUGGACUGUAAUGGCACGUGUGUACCAAAUAUGGAUCUGCACAGUGUAAAAAUUGUUAUACUUGUAUUUGGUUACAUUUACAUUUAGUGAACCUCUGUUGAAAAUAGUCUUUUUUUUUUUAUCAAGCAUUGUGAUCAUGCUUAGUCUCUCUCUCUUGGUUUAAAGGCCAAUUACUUGCAUAAAAUAGAUAUUGCUGUGAUUAAUACGAGGCCUCUCACCUUUUGAUGUAUGUUAUUUUUGUUCUGUGCUACAUGCUGUUUGAAUUUCUUUUAGCUUAAAAAUAAAACAUUAUAGUCUUA